CCUGUGGCUGUGUGUUCAGCACCAUGGACAACACCUCAGCUGGUCCACAUCACUCGAUUAGACGUUUUGCUCUGCCUCUACAAAUGUCCUAAUUUUCAGUCAUAGUGCAGUUUGCAGCUGUCAAAGAGUAUGUUAUAAAAAUAUUGACGAUAUAUAUAUAAUUUGAGUUGCUAAAGUAAUGUCCAUAUUGUACUUUAUUACAUUACAUUGACGAUUUCCAUUUGCUCAGUUUUCAUACAUUUAAAAGUUACGACAAAAAAAAGACAUUAUGCUGAGUGAUUAAAAUCACUUCGCCAAAGUUAUUUAUGUUUUUUUGUUCCAAAUAAACAAGAAAAAAUAUCGGCGAAAAAUAUUAUAUUAGCGAGAAAAAUAUUACACUCACAGACUACGCUUUUACAACACACAAUCCCACUUAGAAAUCGUUGACAUUACUACAUAGGAGACAGCGUCAUUUUCAUAUUAGUCAAAAUAUAAUAUCACCAAAGCAAUGCCUUCCUGUUUUCACGACUUAUUGUUUCAUAAUAACAUGUAUUUCUUCGUCAAUACGUGUAUUUUUUUUAAUUCCUGUAUGCAGCCCUGUUGUCUUUUCCUCAGUCAUUAUGACCUCCUGCAUUGUCUUCAAAUUGUUUAGUCGCAAGAAAGACAUGCCGUUUUGACACUUCGGCGGUUGUCUUUCUUUUUAAAUAAGUUAUGUGCUAUGCUACAAUUUCCUUUGGCUAAAAUUAUAUUGACAAUCAGCCUUUUCCUACAACAAACAGACACCCGCUACUAAUAUAAUUUUUUGUAUUGGUGUUUUCUCGUUCUUGUUUCAUUUCCAUCUUUUCGACUCUAAGAGACGCUGUUGGUCAGCAAAAUAUUGAGUGUUGCCUCGUCAUCCAGUCCAUCCCCUGACUGCAUAUACAGUGAAGGAGGCUCUCUGUUUUUAGUCGUGGUUUCGAGCGAGCACGGUCUGAAAGACUGACGAAUAAAUGUUGAAGACGUUUUUAGAUGUAACCGGGAAACGGAUCUACUCGGAGCUGUUUUUUCGACAUAUUAGCAGGGGAAAGAUCCUGUUUUUCGAUUUUGUUCUGUAAAUCAUGGCGACUGAGAGAUAUGUGUCCACCAUGCCAUUAAGAUGGCGGUGGUAUUGUGGACUGCGACGGCAAAUCGGACUCCUUAUGCUGCUGCUUCAUGUGUUCAACAUCGUCGGUGGUCAGAUUCGGUAUUCUAUCCCAGAGGAGAUGAAGAAAGGCUCUGUUAUCGGUAAUGUAGCGCAAGAUCUUGGUCUGGAUCUGAGGAGGCUCCGCUCUGGGCGGGCCCGUAUCGUGACCGGAGAAAACGUUCACUACACCGAGCUGAAGACAGACAAAGGGAUUCUGGUCGUGAAUGAGAGAAUCGACCGAGAGCAGCUUUGUGGAGAUGUGACGCCGUGUAGCUUCAGCUUUGAGAUGAUUUUAGAAAAUCCAAUGGAGCUGCACAGAAUCACUGUGGAGGCUUUAGAUAUAAAUGAUCACGCUCCCGUUUUUCCAAACAAAGAUAAAGCUAUCAAUUUUGAAGUGAGUGAAUCCACCUUAGUUGGAGUACAGUUUCCUCUGCAGAGUGCGGAGGAUCUAGAUGUAGGCCAAAACGCUUUGCAAGAUUACAUUUUAUCACCAAACGACAAUUUUAUAUUGAAGCAACAUGCAAAUCCAGACGGAAGCAAAUAUGUUGAAAUGGUGCUGCAGAAACCUUUAGAUAGAGAACAGCGUUCCCAUUUGUCUUUGAAGCUCAUCGCAGUUGACGGAGGGACACCACAGAGAUCUGGUACAGUAAAUAUAGAUGUUACUGUUUUAGAUGCUAAUGACAACAUUCCUGUUUUUAACCAGUCGGUGUAUAAAGCUUUUGUGGGGGAAAAUACAAUGAAAGGCACGAGAAUUAUCACAGUAAAUGCCACAGACGCUGACAGUGGAUUAAACGGACUCAUUAGUUACAGUUUGUCUAAAAUGAAAGGAAGUGCAGCAAAUACAUUUAGAAUUGAUGAAAACACCGGUACGAUUUAUGUGUCGAGUCUAAUUGAUUUUGAAAAAGAAAAGAAAUAUGAGGUGAGAGUAGAAGCAAAAGAUCAGGGUGGCUUAAUCGGAACCAGUAAAGUUAUCAUUGAGGUUACUGAUAUCAAUGAUAAUGCACCAGUUAUAAAUGUAAUGUCAUUUUCGAGUCCAAUUUCUGAGGAUUCACCUCCUGGUACUACUAUUGCUAUUUUAAAUGUAAAAGAUGCAGAUUCUGAGAGAAAUGGAGAAAUCAAAUGUUCUAUAGAGGGAAAACUUCCCUUUAAAAUCGAAUCGUCUCUAACAAAUUAUUACAAUUUAAUCUCUGAUCAACACUUUGAUAGAGAAUCUGUCUCUGAAUAUAACAUAACAAUAACAGCCACCGAUUUUGGGUCUCCUCCUCUUUCCAGCUCAACUAAAUUACAUCUGAAAAUCUCUGACGUCAACGACAACGCACCAUUAUUUGAUAAAAACAGUUAUUCUGCCUACAUCACAGAGAAUAAUUCUCCUGGGUUUUCUAUAUUUGCUGUCAGCGCUCGAGACUCUGACUGGAAUCAAAAUGCCAGAAUCUCAUAUCUUUUAGAGGACACACAGGUUAGUGGAAGUCCAGUUUCUACUUAUGUGUCUUUGAACUCUGAAAGUGGAGUUCUCAGUGCAGUUCGCUCCUUUGAUUAUGAGCAAAUCAAACAGCUUCAGUUAGUUGUGAAAGCACAGGAUGGAGGCUCUCCUCCACUCAGCAGCAACGUGACAGUAACAAUACUGAUCCAGGACCAGAACGACAACCCUCCUCAGGUUCUGUACCCAGUCCAGACUGGUAGCUCUGUGGUGGCUGAAAUGGUGCCUCGUUCAGCAGAUGUGGGCUAUCUGGUGACCAAAGUGGUGGCUGUUGAUGUGGACUCUGGACAGAAUGCGUGGCUGUCGUAUAAACUGCAGAAGGUCACAGACAGGGCUCUGUUUGAAGUGGGCUCCCAGAAUGGAGAGAUCCGAACCAUCCGCCAAGUGACUGACAAAGAUGCAGUGAAACAGAGACUGAGUGUUAUAGUGGAGGACAACGGGCAGCCCUCUCGUUCAGCUACAGUCAUUGUGAACGUGGCGGUGGCGGACAGCUUCCCUGAAGUUCUGUCGGAGUUCAGUGACUUUCCACACGACAAGGAGUACAAUGACAACCUGACUUUUUACUUAGUGUUGGCUCUGGCUGUGGUCUCCUUCCUGUUCAUCACGUGUUUGGUGGUUAUUAUCUCAGUGAAAAUCUACAGAUGGAGACAGUCUCGCAUCUUGUAUCAUUCCAACCUGCCUGUGAUUCCAUAUUUUCCUCCACGUUAUUCAGACACUUUGGGGACAACAGGGACUCUCCAACACGUGUACAAUUACGAGGUGUGCAGGACGACAGACUCCAGAAAGAGUGACUGUAAGUUCGGCAGAGCUGGUAGUCAGAACGUGUUGAUAAUGGAUCCCAGUUGUUCAGGGACGAUGCAGCGGAUGCAGAGUGAGAAGAGCAUCCUGGAUGAACCAGACUCUCCUCUAGAGGUCAGUUGAAAAAUCUUUCUUAAUGCGUGUCUUAUAUCCUGUGUUUUUCUCUGCUUUUUAGUUCCAUUGUUGAUUUACAGUUGCACAAUUUGAUGUCACGUUCAGCACCAUGGACAGCAUAUCAGCUGUUUAUCAUCACUUCAUAAGAUUUCUCCUUCUUCUCCACAUCGUUUAAUGGUGGACAGUGUACAGCUUGUGGUUGUCAAACCCUGUGUCAUUAACAUAUUAUCCAUGUCUGUCAAUAUGAAGUUGUCUGAGCAAUGAUGAUACUGUACCUUUGUGCCCAUCGAAAACAUUUUCCAUUUGCUUGAUACCUGCUCAGUUACCACUGAUGAUUAGGUUGCUGAUAGUGAGGAGCUAAUACUAGUUUGAAAUCGUGAUGGAAUUUAUUUUUUGUGACUCUCACUUUCCAUUGAACAUGUGUAUAUUAAGAGUCAGCUAUAUUUUCACAGUGUAUAACAUCUUAGAUGCAAAAUCCUUCAUCUCGGGGCACAUUGCAGUGGUUUUACAAUGACACCGAUUUUUUUCCAUAACUGAAAAUAUUUUAUAGCUCGUUUGCAUUUUUUUCAGAAUAUUUUUUCAUGAUUAUAGCCUUCUGCAUCAUAAACAUU